GCCCUCCUCACGCACAUCCACUACCACCUGUCACUGUAGUCCUCCUAGAUUGGCCUUCUCACUUUCCGGUCUCUCCCUGUCUCGAGUGGCUCGAAAGUGCCUUAUGUCCACCAAGUCCAUUAGACCGCCUGGAUCUAUCGCAAAUAAGCGAUCCGCGGAUCAAUUAGGUGAUGCCGAAGAUGGUGGUCCUAAGAAGGUCAUAAAGGUGUUUCCGAUAUUCGAGAAGCCGGGGACAAGCACGAGCAGCGAACAAUCCACUUUUCGAUGGAUCAAGCCUGCCCUCGGACCAAAGCAGACGUGCUUGCACGGAGUCAAUGGGACUCCCGAACCUCGGCCCAAAGUCGCUGCCUUUGAUCUUGACGGCUGCAUCAUUCAGUCCAGCUUUCCGAAGAAAAGCAAGGGCAAUACGCCACCCACAUUCCAAUGGUGGCGACCCAUCAUUCCAACCAAGCUGAAGGCGGUGCAUGAGGAAGGGUACUCAAUAGUCAUCAUUACAAACCAGGCCCUGCGCAGCACGGCGUUAGUGGACUGGAAGAAGAAGAUCCCUGCGAUUGGUGCGGCUCUCCCAGAUAUCCCAUUCCGCCUGCUAGCGUCCAUAGCCCGCGAUGGGUACCGCAAGCCAAUGCCUGGGAUGUGGUACCAGCUCGAACAUAUCUUCGCGGAAGACAACGUGCAGAUUGACAAGGAGCACUCCUUUUUCGUCGGAGAUGCCGCAGGUCGUUCCCAUGACCACGCGGCAACAGACCGCAAAUGGGCGCUGAAUAUCGGUCUGCCAUUCUUGACACCUGAGGAAUACUUUCUCAAGCUCCCCUCAGCGCCAUAUACGCUGACCGGGUUUCAUGUGUCCUCGCUACCGAAAGAUCCCCCGCGGGUCCUACCCACAUCCACGCCUCUUAUCCCCUCGUCGACUCAGCAGCCCGAGAUUGUGGUCUUCGUCGGAUAUCCGUCACUCGGAAAAUCAUCAUUCUACAAAAGACACUUUGAGCCUGCGGGCUAUGUCCACAUAAACCAAGACACGCUGCGGACGAGAGAGAAGUGUGUCAAGGCCGCGCAAGAAGCGGUCGAGGACGGCAAGAGCUGUGUAAUUGACAACACGAACCGCAAUGCCGAGACGAGGAGACAUUACGUCGAACUCGCGAAGAGGCUUAAGGUUCCGAUACGAUGUAUACUGUUCAACGGCUCUCUCGAGCUCGCGUGGCACAAUAACCUCUACCGCGCAUAUAACCUGCCACCGUCUGCCGCUGAAAAACAGCCAAAACGAGAGUUGCUUCCGUAUAAUGCGUUCACAAGCUUUCGCGCGGCGUAUGAGGAACCGCAGCUUAGUGAGGGCUUCUCAGAAAUCAAGAGAGUGAAUUGGGUGUUUGAGGGCGAUGAGGAGGAACGGAGGAGGUGGAGCAUGUGGCUACAGAUCGACGGCAAGUGAAUCAUUUGGCAUCGUUGUCAUGACUGUGCACUCGCGUUCUGCGCCAGCCCAAUGCUGGACGUGUCCGUCGCUAUGCGGACAGAACAGUGAAUUGUGGACCUGAGGUAACGAUUGCCACUGGUUUCCUGUCUAAACUCCAUCGUGCGGACUGUGCGUAGACCAUGGCUACUGUGCAGGAACGUAGUUCUUGAAGACAUAUUACGCUUAGUGUAUAGCGACUCUAUCUGUCUUGGUACGACGAGGAAUCCGCUUAUCAGCAGUACACGGCGC